AUGACUGUUUUGAUCACCAAAUUGGCCCAGUCGAGUCGGCACGCUUCUAUCGCUGCCGGGCAUGGCGGAGCUGAGCCUCCGCCGCCAACUGCGGGUGUCAAGGCCGGUGCACUGACGCUGUUUGCGGUGCUGGGUAUUCCUCAGGCGGUGACCUUCAGUAUUCCCUUUGCUCUGGCAUCCAUAUUUUCUAGCACUUCUGGUGCAGGCCAAGGGCUUUCUUUGGGAGUCUUAAACCUUGCAAUUGUCAUACCACAGAUGUUCGUGUCAGUAACUAGUGGACCUUGGGAUGAUUUGUUCGGAGGCGGGAAUUUACCGGCGUUUAUUGCGGGAGCCGUAGCAGCUGUAGCAAGUGGAGUAUUGGCUCUCUUUAUGCUUCCAUCUCCGCCGGCUGAUCUGCCGUCUAAUAAAAAUGCAAGACCUAUAGCUGCUGGGUUUCAUUGA